ACCGAACAUGCAACCUGCACUGAUCCUGGGGCUGGCCGCGGCCGCGAUGGCCGCCGAUGGCCCGCUCGUGUGGCAGCACGACGAGCGGCUCUUCCAGCACGAGGCGACGCAGUUCGACUACUACGUCUUUGCGCACUCGUGGCAGGCCUCGUUCUGCUACAAGGAGCCGUACCCUGGCUGCAAGGCGCCCAACCCGUACUGGAAGACGCACUUUACCGUGCAUGGCCUCUGGCCCGAGCUCAACGAAGGGCCGCACCCGGGCUACUGCUCCAAGGAGCCGCUCGACAUGCAGCGUGUGCGCAAGGCGAUAGGCCAAGAUACGCUCGAGAAGUUUUGGCCCAACGUCAAGGUCGCCAUCAACACGACCGGCUACGACUCGUUUUGGAACCACGAAUGGACGCGCCAUGGCACGUGCAGUGGGCUCGACCAAGUGACGUUCUUCCAGAGCGCGAUCGAGCGCAUGAAGACGCAGGGCACGCCCGACUUUAUCUCACAGAGCGUCGGGAAGGUCGUCGCGACGAGCGCGAUUCGCGACGCGUACGGCGGCCCGAAGAAGGUCGUGCUCCAGUGCAAGAACCAACGGCUCUCGCAGGUGUACACGUGCUUGGGCAAAGACAAGGACAACAAGCCGACGGACGCCACCGAGUGCUCGAGCCAAGUGCUCAAGGAGGACAACUGCCGCGUCGGCGAGAUCCUCAUUCCAGCCUUUUAGGCCCUGUACAUAUCGACAGACCUCUUAAAGAUGACCUCGGUCUUGGAAGAUGACGAUCGUUUGUCCCACCA